AGCGGUGUCUAUAAAAUGCCACCCAGUCGCAGAUUGGCGGCACAGUUCCACUGGAUGACGGUGCACUCCAUGAUGCUACCAACGACAGCCUGGCUAUUGAUGGCACUGAUGGCGCUGCGGGCGGGCCGGUUGCUGGCUGACGAGCAGCUGGCCGCGGAGCUGGCGUAUUAUGCAACAGCUGGCAGCGAGGAUAUCUAUUUGCAGGCGAACAGCGGACAGUGGGAGGAGUACAAGGAUUAUCCCGACGAUAAGGCAAACGAGCGAGCGGAGGAGGAGGACGACUCUGUGGAGGAUUCCGCGGAGGAGCAGCCAGAGGGCGACAAUAUCGAGGCCGUUGGCCUGGAUGAGAACAGCUGCGAGUAUAGCUGUCCGCGUUACUAUCGUCCCGUAUGCGUCAAGCGCAACGAACAGCUGAUCACCUAUGCCACGCCCUGCGAGUACCUCAAUCAGCUGCGCUGCGCCAAUGUCGUCCGCAGCCAGGGCAAGGAGGCGCCCACCUAUCAGCUAUUGUAUCAGCAUGCCUGCAAAGAGAAUAGACACUGAGACCGAGCUGUGAAAGAGAAUUGGUUUUGUUUUUCUUUUCAUUG